AUGGCUUUAGUUUUGAGAUAUGUAGAUAAAAGAGGAUUUGUGGUGGAGAGGUUUAUCGAUCUCACCCAUGUUUCUUAUACUUCAGCUGCAUCACUUAAAGAUGCCAUUGGUUCUAUGCUUUCAGAACACAAACUAAGCCUCUCUAGAAUUCAAGGGCAAGGUUAUGAUGGUGCUAGUAACAUGCGAGGUGAGUUCAAUGGCUUAAAAAGUUUGAUUAUGAGAGAAACUGGAUCUGCCUAUUAUGUUCACUGUUUUUCUCAUCAGUUACAAUUAGCACUUAUUUUUGUUGCAAAGAAUCAUUUUACUAUUAAUGAUAUCUUUGAUUUAAUUGCUCGUUUGUUAAAUGUGGUCGGAGCUUCUUGUAAGCGUCGAGACAAGCUUUCAGAGCAACAAGCAAACACUGUUAUUUAUUUAUUGAUCAAUGGUGAAUUACAAACUGGUGGAGGUUUGAACCAAGAGAUGAGUAUUAAAAGGCCUGGUGAUACUCGUUGGGGAUCUCAUUAUGCUUCACUUUUAAAUAUAAUGGCUAUGUUUUCUUCAAUUAUCUAUGUACUUGAAGAUGUUGAGAGGGAUGACACCUAUCAAGAUCAAAAAGCAGAAGCACGUCGUCUUUUGGAGAUAUUAGAAUCAUUUGAUUUUAUUUUUUGCUUAUCUGCAAAAGAAAGAUUGCAACAAAUGAGAGAUAGUGGAUGGGAAGAUUUAAUGAAUAAUGUUUUUUCAUUUUGCGAUAAGGUCAAAAUUACAAUACCGAAGAUGGAAGAUGCAUAUGUUACAGGAGGGCGCCGUAGAACUUCACAUGUUAGUAAUUUACACCAUUAUCAGGUUGAUGUCUUUUAUGCAGUAAUUGAUAUGCAACUUCAAGAGCUCAAUCGUCAUUUUGAUGAAGUCAAUAGUAAAUUACUUCUUUGUGUUGCUUGCUUGAGUCCAAAAGACUCAUUUAGUGCAUUUGACAAGAAAAAUUUAAUCAAGAUGGCUUAA